CACUGAUCAGUCGUAUCAUAUUCCGCCCAACUCUGUCUCUGUAUGUCAAUGUCAAUAUUGUGCUUGUGACAUCUUAAUAUAACCUAACAUAACGAAUAUAACGAUGUUUUAAAAAUAUUCAAUAUUUUUCAAAAGUUUAAUGAUAAAUCAAACUAAUACAUGUAAACAUACGUAUACACUUGAAUUAGAACGUCAAGAAAAUGCAGGACAAAAAGGCGUCAGAAAAACCAGAUCCAUGUGAUAAACAAAAUUCAUUACAAGUAAUAAUAACAUGCAUUUGUGCAGCAGGUUUAAGAUAUUGGCUAAUGGUAUCAAACUACCAAUCAAUUAUAUCAAAUCACAUAGAAGUUUCGACUCCUUUGAAUUCAUGGAAGAGAGUAUCGGAAGGACUGUAUCUACUUUCAAUAAAUGUUGACCCUUACAAUGGUGAUUUACUUCAUGAGACACCACUUUCACUGUUUUUCUACAAAUCAUUAUUGCAACUAUAUCGGCAACAAAUUCAUUGGAUGUUUAUUACUUUUGAUUUGGCAACAGGGGUAAUGUUAUUUACUAUAGCAAGAAAAUACAUAAAUGAAUUGUAUAAAGACGAAAACAAAAAUAAAAAUGAUUUUUCUAAAGAUAGUGUACAAUACAUACUUAAACCUAAUCAGUUGGUUAAAUCACCUUUUUAUGUAUUAUUAGCAUUUUUAUUUAACCCAUUUACAUUAUUUAGCUGUGUGGGUUAUUCAACUACGGUAUUUCAUAAUUUUUUACUAGCUCUCAUGUUAUUUUCAGUGGUUUAUGGAUUUUCUGCUAUUUCCUCCAUUUGUUUAGCUUUAUGUACAUCAGUAUCAUUUUAUCCAGUAGUACUAAUUGUACCUUUAUGUCUCUAUUUUAUAAAUGUAUUUAAGAGUGUCACAAAAGCUGUAAUUAGCAUAAUAGUUUUUGUAGUUACUAUAUUACUUAUAACGAUGUUUUGUAGCAAUUAUGGCAAAAGUUUCACAUAUUUCAAAAAUGUAUAUGGUUGCAUACUGUCUGUUCCAGACCUACAGCCUAAUAUCGGAUUAUUUUGGUACUUUUUCACUGAAAUGUUUGACCAUUUUAGAGAUUUAUUUAUAUAUUCAUUUCAGAUAAAUGCUACCGUUUUAUAUUUAAUGCCUCUAUCAAUUAAAUUUAGAAAACAGCCAUUCUUGUUAACUGUUGCAAUUUUAUUUCUUAUUACCGUUUUUAAGUCAUACCCAAGUAUAGGGGAUGUAGGCUUUGUACUUAGUUUAGUUCCUUGUUUUGCACAUUUACUUAGUUACUGUCAACAAGGAUUUUUAGUAGGUGUAAUAUUCUUAAUAUCAAGCUCACUGGCUCCUAUUUUGUGGUACCUUUGGAUAUACUGUAAUUCAGCAAAUGCCAACUUUUAUUUUGGAGUAACUUUAGCUUUCGCUAUUGCGCAAAUAUUUUUAUUAACUGAUAUAUUAUUUGCACAAGUUAAGCGAGAAUUUAUGCUUAAGCAUGGGAAGGAUCGUAAAAUUAAUGGAGAUGAAGGAAUACUCUGUUUAGAAUAAUAGAUCAAUAAAAUCUUU